UUGCGGAUUAGUGCAAAGCAGACACGGGAGGCGGCUGCCGUGAAUGCGCGUGCUUGCGGCUGAAUUAUGGGACUACUAAGCGAAGGAUCACCGCUUUCGUGGCCGGAAACGAAGAAAUUAGCGAAUCACGUCCGCGAGCAUGCUGUCACGCAGUUCAUCAACCUGUAUCGGCGCCUGAAAGACCGCGAAGACGACUGCUUGAAGUGGGGCGACGAAGUGGAAUACGUAAUCGUGUACCUCGACCACGUCAAGAAGACCGCUCAGGUGAGCCUCAGGGCGAAUGAAAUUUUGCCAGCCCUCCAGGAGAAAGAGCACCGUGAUCCGAACAAUGUUAAGUCGCUGUGGCGACCCGAGUUCGGUGCGUACAUGAUCGAAGGCACGCCGGGGCAGCCCUACGGCAGCCUCAUUUCCCACUUUAACGUUGUCGAGGCGAACAUGAAGGCCCGGCGUGCCGAAGCGAUCGCGUACUUAAAAAAUGGAGAGGAAGUUUUGUGCGUGACGACGUUCCCUCGCCUCGGCUGCCCCGGGUUCACGCAUCCCGUGUACCAGCCUCAUCCGAAGGACAGCAACAUGCGCUCGCUUUUCUUUCCCGACGAGGCUACAUUUCCGGGCCACCCGCGUUUCAGAACACUGGUGCGCAACAUCCGCGAACGUCGCGGCAAGAAGGUUGUGAUCAAUGUGCCCAUCUUCAAGGACAAAAAUACACCCAGCCCCUUUGUCGAGGACUUUGCUACGCUCGGCGACGACGGGGAGGCUGCCAGAGCGGCGUUGCCAGACCAUGUCUACAUGGACUCCAUGGGCUUCGGCAUGGGUAAUUGCUGCCUCCAGGUUACAUUCCAAGCUUGCAACAUCAGCGAAGCGCGUGUCCUGUACGACCAGCUGGCACCGGUCUGCCCUAUCAUGCUUGCCCUGAGCGCAGCGUCACCCGUGUUUCGAGGUUAUCUCACCGAGAGGGACUGCCGUUGGAACGUGAUUGUCAGCUCGGUUGAUGACAGAACGGACGAAGAGCUAGGUUUGAAGCCACUACGCGAGAACAAGUUUGUCAUUCGCAAGUCCCGUUACUCCACCAUAGAAUGCUACAUAUCGGAACUCGGCGAAAAGUACAAUGAUGUGAAAGUCGUAUAUGACCAGGACAUCUACAACAGGCUGAGAUCCGCCGACAUAGACCCCCUCUUGGCUCAACACGUGGCACACCUUUUCAUCAGGGACCCCAUCAGUCUUUUCAGUGAGAAGGUGGACCAGAAUGAUGAACAAGACACUGACCACUUUGAAAAUCUUCAGUCCACAAACUGGCACUCAAUGCGGUUCAAGCCUCCGCCACCAAACAGUAGCAUUGGCUGGCGCGUUGAGUUCAGACCUACUGAACUGCAGAUGACCGAGUUUGAGAAUGCUGCCUAUGUUGUCUUUGUCGUCUUGCUAACUCGCGUGAUUCUCUCGUACAAGCUAAGCUUCCUUAUGCCGAUCUCAAAAGUGGACCAGAACAUGGAGGCUGCCCAGAAGCGUGAUGCUGUGCGAACUCAGAAGUUCUGGUUUCGCAGCGACCUUCUGACUUGCAUGAGCCCACCUAUCUUGGGCCCCACAAUGAGCCCGGGAGGAACUGAGCACCGUGAUUACCUUAGUCAAAUGAGCAUUAAUGAGAUCAUUAAUGGAAAGCCAGGCGAAUUCCCUGGUCUUAUUCCACUUAUCCGCACAUUUGUUUCAAGCAUGGACGUAGAUGUUGACACUCAGUGUACCAUUCAGCAGUACCUCAAUCUGAUUCAAAAGAGGGCUUCGGGAGAACUGUUGACAACUGCGUCAUGGAUACGCAAAUUCAUCACUACUCACCCAGAAUACAAGCAGGACUCUGUUGUCAGUGAGCGAAUCAACUACGACUUACUCUUGUUGAUGUCAAAGAUUCAACAUGGGUCUGUUGGCUGUCCUGAACUGUUUGGAACAUCCACUAGCAAAACAAAGGCUCACAUUCCAUCUGCCAUCCUCAAUGCAACUAGCACACCUUCAGCGCCAGGCACACAAUGAGCCUGUGAUGAACCAGUGAAAUCGGUAUGGUGGUUUUGCCUCUAGAGUGCUGAGCGACUGCGUGCAGUUCUUAUUCACGAAGCCAGUUGUUUGUUGGCAGUUAUUAUUGCUCUACGGGAGAUAAUUUAUUUUUGUAUCCUUCCAGUGAUUGUAAAGUGAGCCUUAUUUGCACACAUACAUAGUUAAUAAAAACGACAUACUAUAAACAAGAUGGCCCUGCUAACAAAUUAUCAACAUGCCAAGCUGCCUUUGAAAACACUAUGUUACGUUAGAAGGCUACUAAAGUAGCUAACAGCUGUGCUAGUCGGGGGUUUUCCAGGGGUCUAGCUCCAGUGUAAUAACAAAAAUUAUGUUUUAGUUUGUCUGAUGUGUGCAUGUGGAUACUUGCACUGUGGUAGAUGGUAAUUAUGGGUGCUGUAUAUCUAGUCUGUUUCAAACUGCAUCCUGCUUAUCUGGUUACUGCUUCCAUUGCUUGAGUAUUGCAUGCAACACCUAGAAGCACAGAGAAUUCUAUUCAAAUGUAGCACAAGAAAACCUUGUUCUACAUCAAACAUGCACAUAUGUACAUGGUAUUAGCUUGUGUCAUGUCCAUUUUAGAGCCUGAUGUCUGCCUAUCUUGCAAAUGCUAUCUUUACAAUUAAGCCAUUUUAAUGUAUGUGCAUAUACGUAGUUAUGGAUGUGCUUUCUUCUCUUACUCAGGAUGAGUGCCCAAAUUUAUGCUUUUUGUUCCAUACAACUUUAUGUAAUCUUUGGGCAUGUAUGUGGAAGUCUUUUUUUCCUGACAUUCCGCCAGAUGUAUGUGAUAGAUGUUUUUACAAAAGGUUUAUUGUUUGUUAAACCAUCUCUUGCCCUUCCCUGAGCACAUCAGCUUGUUGCAAGAACAAAUGUUGCCUGUUAGCAUAUUGAUGUGCUCUGUGCUUGUGAUGUAUCGUGAAAUUAUCAUUAUUGGCGAUAUUGUUUCUUUAAGAGAUCAUUUCUUGUUAAUAAACAGUUGGAACCAAGUGGA